AUAAUAUGAAAGUCAUAUCGCCUCAAGAAGUAGCUAGACACAACAAAAAAGACGACCUGUGGAUUAUUUUACAUGGAAAGAUUUAUGAUUUGACUCGCUUCUUACCGGAACAUCCUGGAGGACAAAAGAUUAUUCUGAAGUACGCAGGUCAGGAUGCUACAAGUGCAUUUGAUCCCAUUCAUCCUCCUGAUAUCAUUGAACGGUUCUUAGCGCCUGAAGUUUGCCUUGGUGAAGUUGACCAAGCUUUAUUAGCCAAACAGCCAAAAGUGGAAACUGAAGAUGAAAAACGCGCACGUUUGGCUCAUGCUUCUAAACCUCGUUUGGAAGAAAUCUAUAAUUCUUUUGAUUUUGAAUCGGUGGCAAGAAAUGUUCUUUCUCCUGGUGCAUGGGCAUAUUACUCUUCUGGAGCUGAUGAUGAAAUCACUAUGAGAGAAAAUCAUAAUGCUUUCCAUCGUAUUUGGUUACGUCCACGAGUCUUGGUGAACGUUAAGAAUGUUGACACAUCCACCACCAUGCUCGGUACAAAGGUUGAUAUGCCUCUUUAUAUCACUGCUACAGCUCUUGCAAAAUUAGGUCAUCCUGAAGGAGAAGUUGUGUUGACUCGUGCAGCUGCCAAAAACAAUAUCAUUCAAAUGAUUCCCACUCUUGCUUCUUGUUCAUUCGAUGAAAUCGUCGAUGCUGCACUUGCAACACAAUCUCAAUGGUUACAACUUUACGUUAAUGCUGAUCGAGAGGUCAGCAAAAAGUUUGUCCAACAUGCUGAAAAAAGAGGAAUUAAAGGCCUUUUCAUCACUGUCGACGCUCCUCAAUUAGGUCGACGCGAAAAGGACAUGCGACAAAAAUAUGAUCAAGAUGCACCAGAUGAAAUCGAACGCAAUCAUACAGAAGUUAACCGUAAUGAAGGCGCUGCUAGAGCCAUCAGUCAAUUCAUCGAUCCUUCAUUAUGCUGGGAUGAUAUUGCCUGGUUCCGUACCAUUACUAAAAUGCCUAUCCUCAUCAAAGGUGUUCAGACUGCUGAAGAUGCUGUCUUGGCUGCCAAAGCCGGAUGUCAAGGUGUGGUACUUUCUAAUCAUGGUGGUAGACAAUUAGAUUUUGCUCCCUCUGCCAUUGAAAUUUUGGCAGAAGUGAUGGAUGCUCUUCGUGCUGAAUGUUUAUUGGAUAAUGGGUUUGAAGUAUAUGUGGAUGGCGGUAUUCGUCGAGGAAGUGACAUUUUCAAGGCUAUUGCUUUGGGUGCAAAAGGCGUUGGGAUUGGUCGUCCAGCUUUGUAUGCCAUGUCUUCUUAUGGUGUUGAAGGUGUUGAUCAUCUUCUCCAAUUAUACAAGAAUGAACUGGAAAUGGUGAUGCGAUUGAUGGGUGUUCGUACAUUGAAAGAAAUUACUCGUUCCAUGGUAGAUAUCCGUAACAUCAAAGAUCACUAUGUGGCCAAUCCUACUGAUUAUCUUGCUCAUCAUGCUUAUGAUCAAAUGAUGCCUAGAGGCAAAUUGUCCAAGUUGUAAUCUAUAUAUACAAAAUAAAUCAAAUUUUUUUCUUUUACAGGUC